GAACAGGAAGACGUUGACUCUGGAACCGUCUGAGCUCCAGCGUUAUCAUCAUUCACCCUUGUUACACGCUGUGUUCCUUGUAGCUCCACACAGGUUAGAUUUUUUUGGAAUAUUUAUCGAUUAAACCACUAACGACGUAAAGAAGUCUAUCGGAGGUAAUUGAUAAACCGAUAUUUAUGUUGUGUUGUGAAUGCUAAUCCGUCACUAUUAUCACUUCAAUAUCAGAAGUGCCAAAAUGUGUAGAGAUUAUUCAAAUCAUCGGAAUUCCAAAGCGUUUGGAUGAAGACAUUGAGAAUCAUUGACAUUUUUCACCGUUGUGUGUCAGGCCUUUUGAUGAAGCUCUUUAACUUUGCAAAUAUGCGAUGCACAAUCACCCGAGUUGUGAGUCGAGUUCUGCUGUAUAAACGGUUCGGACCGCUGAUGGAGACGCAGAGAGACGCGCACUUCGGGGCGCACCGGAGGAUGGUGGUGGGUUUGGGGAACCCGGGGAUGGAUGCCACCCGGCACAGCGUGGGCAUGGCAGUGCUCGGUGCACUCGCUGCCCGCCUGGAACUCGCCCACUGUUGGCAUGUUGACAAGCAAGUGUCUGGUGAGGUCAUCGUCACAACAAUCCAGGACAUGCCAGUAAUUCUCCUCCGACCCAAACUACUGAUGAACAUCAAUGGGGUGUCGGUGGCCAGGGCAGCGGUGAAAUACGGCGUGCGGGCAGAAGACAUCUUGCUGGUCCACGACGAACUAGACAAAGCACUGGGAAAGACGGCCUUCAAAAAUGGAGGCAGCACCAGUCCUCUUUCCAGAGGUCACAACGGUGUGCGUUCCUGCGUGGACACGCUGCAGAGCAACGUGAUGCUGCGGCUGAGGGUGGGCAUCGGGAGGCCGGAGGGGAAGACGUUGGUGGAGCGCCAUGUGCUGGGCUGCUUCUCCCGCUCCGAGGAGCCGCUGGUGGCAGCUGUGCUGCAGCGCAGCGUGGACCUGCUGCUGGCCUGGCUGGCCCCCACACACCAAAGGUCCCGGGCCCACCAGCAGGGGGGGGACAAACCCCGGGAGCCAGCAAAGUUUCCUAAACCCUUACAUUAAUUUAGACUAUAGAGAGCAUCUAGCAGUUUGUACUAACAAUUGUACAUUUGUCAGAAGAAGCUGAAACAAUAUAUCGCUGUCGGUACAUUAAGGAACCAGGGCAUGGACCUUGACCCAGGGCAGGGACCCUAACCCCUGGACCCGGGCUGAGCUGGGAAACCGCCCGCAGUGGACUUCAAAAUGUUUGCUCUGAUUACUUCUAUAAAGAUUAUCAUUUUAAUAAGUUUCCCUCUUUUGCUGUUUGAACCCGGAACCCCUCUGGUCCCUGCAAGCUUAGACCAGCGGGACUAUCUUCUAUAUGUUAGAGCUAUGAUAAAGACACCUCCACUCUGAGGCCCUGGUCUACCUCUUCACCAUGUUCUUCCCCAGGGUGAUUUACAACGACCAAUUUGUGGGUGGACAUGUAUGAGUGAUUCGUUCUGAAAGCGUUACUUUAAACCUAAAUAUUUUUUAUACGGUGGCGGGCAAUGAGGAAACGUAUGAUAAUCAAAAGUUGUCUGCAGAAGCACUGUAUCGCUUCUAUCCGCGCAUGCCCACUGCACCCCGCUUUGCCGAUUGGAGUGUAAACCUAAUGAGGUCAUUCAUCCUUAAAUUCCACAGAACGCACGUUUCUCAUACAAUUAUCGUGCUCCACAAAACAAAACGGGAGAAAGGGAGGGAGAGAGAGAGAGAGAGGCUUCCGAAGGGGUGUCCGCAGAUAGUACAGUGCACCCUCUUUUUUAAGCAGACCUCAAAAACUGAAACGAACGUGCUCCCCAGAACGCGUGUUUCUCAGACAAUUAACGUGCUCCACAAAACGAAGCGAGAGAGAGAGGCUUCAGAAGGGGUGUGCGCAGAUAGCACAGUGCACCCUCUAGUUAUUUAUGUCAAUAUUUUCGAUUUUUUAAGCAGACCUCUUCAAAAGCUGAAACGAACGUGCUCCACAGAACGCGCGUUCUCAGACAAUUAAAGUGCUCCACAAAAACGAAACGGGAGAGAGAAAAAGAGAAAGGCUUCAGAAGGGGGGUGCGCAGAUAGUACAGUGCACAUUUCCAUUUUUGCAUUUUUGAAGCAGACCUCAAAAACUGAAAAUAAAUAAAGGUAACUGUGCUCCACAGAACAAAAUGUAAACCAAUG